GGGGAGCGCGCGCAUUCGUCCAAGCAGCUGCCCGCCAUUUUGGAUUCACGCUUUAACAACAAACAAACGGCAAUGUAAAACUAAAGUUAAAAUUAAGGUUAUUAAAUGACAACACGUAAUUAAGUGACAUGUCGUGGACAAUCGAAAGUGACAUAAAACUUAUUAAUUUAGUUAAGAAAUAUGAUAUGUUUUACAAUCCUAAAAGCAGCGACUAUAGAAAUGUAACGUUGAAAAGUGACGUGUGGAAAAGAAUUGGGAGUAUUCUGAACAAAUCAGAUGAAGACUGCUGCAGAAGGUGGGGCUACGUGAGGGGUCACUACGUUAGACGGAGAGGAAAACCUGCACCAAAAAGAUUUAGUGAUGUCGUUAAAAAUGGCUUAAAACGAGCUAAGCUACUUACAUUCUUGGAUGAAUAUCGUGUGGAGUAUUAUAACAAUGACAGUAGUACUGAUCAGAGCGUCAACGAGCCUCCGUCAAGCGAAGUCAGCUAUGAAAAUUAUGAUGACCUUGAUGAUGGCGAAGAAGAUAUUGUUGAAGUCAAAGCCGAAAACCAUGACAUUGUCGACGUAGAAGAUAAUAAUUAUUACAAGGAAACAGAAGAAAGGGAAUACGCUGAGCCGAAAGCAAGUACAGAAAUCCCGAAUAAAGAUACUAAUUCGGACAGUCUUGAUGAGACAGACCAUUUUUUUGCAUCAAUGGCGAAAAUUGCAAAGAAACUACCCAGACGUGAUCAAGUUAUGUUGCGAAUGCAAAUAGCUACGAUGGUUGGGAACGCCGAGUUGAAGCAAAUGGAAAACGAGCACAAGUGAAUGUCUUUAACAAGUGACUGUGCAGUUUGCAUCAAUCAAGAGGCAACAGUGGUGUAGCUAGACGCGGAUGAAGCGGCCUUUUGGCCACGGCUGCGCACUUAAAGGGGCCUCGCGGGAGCCAACCCUUUUUAUAACUGGGAAUAAACUUUGAAAGAAAAGGGCCUCGUAGAAGUGAGUUCGCCCUCAGCUAGUUCACGUUACGCCACUGAGCGACAAGAUGCCGUGUCGUGUAAAUGUCAUUUUUUCUUAUUCCUUCUCCAUUUCCUAUAAAAUAUAAGUGUUUUAUGAAUGUUACAUGAACCUAGGUUGUCGAUAUUCGACAUUGCUUGAAGCACCGAUGCUUGCUGUAGCACAUAGUGACCAUAAUGUAAUGACACUAAUGAGUGGUUGCCAUUUGGCUAAGAAUUGAAGGACGCAGUCAAAGUACCCAAUGAUCUGGUCAAGAGUGCAGAAAAGAAAACCUUUGGAUGAAGGUAGCGGACGACCGAUCGUUGUGGAGUUCCUAGUGGAGGCCUAAAUUGAGUAGUGAACGUCUUUCGGUUGAUAUAAUGAUGAUGAACUCGCAUUAAAUCUGCUUGGCAGGUAAAAUGUGUUUCAUUUGUUAUUAUUUAACGACGCUGUAAGCUUUUAUUGAAUAUUUCAAAAU